AUGACACAGUACGGCAACGAUCAGGCAUGCAUAACCGCAGGCGACGAUUGUUACAACUACGUUGAAGCCCCGUUGAUCGCGCAGAAGACGUACGAAUUGUACGAUGUCAGAGAGCCAGUCGCCACUAAUCCUCCGGAGACAUACGUGCAAUAUCUCUCUCGUGCAGAUAUUCAGAAACAAAUCGGAGCCAAGGUCAACUACACCGAGUGUGCGGCGGGCGACCGAAGUCCUGGCUAUCGCUUACAGCUCACGGGAGAUAACGCGAGAACAAUGCUCCCAUAUCUCGAAAAUUUCGUGAACCGUGGCAUCCCCACCUUGAUAUGGGCUGGAGAUACCGACUGGAUCUGCAACUGGAUGGGAAGUUUAUAUGUAGUCGAUGCGGUCAACUUUCCCGGUGAUUCUCAAUUCCGUAACGCGACCCUCGCGCCUUACGAUAUCGCGGGCAAGAAAGUUGGACUUACAAGAAGCAAGGCACCUUGUCGUUUAUGA